AUGAUCUUCAACACCUUCUUCCAAUGGACGCUGCAGGCAGCGUUUGCUGACGAAACCCCAAUUGCUCACGCGGACCAUGUCGUUCAACCUGCUGCCAAACGUCCGAAACUUGUCGUUGUUGACGCAGCGUCCGCACUGCGGAUCGACACCCAAAUGGGGCCCAUUGUCGAACCGCUGCCCCAGACCGCUCUAGCCUCACGCCCACCCACCGCUGUCACCAUCUCAUUCCUCGACCUCCCGAGUGAACUUUUCGCCCUCAUAAUGACCUAUCUUCCAACAUCCGACCUGUUAAAUUUAGCUCAACAAUUCAAUGAUCGCCUGAGAGCAGAGAGCACGCGAGCGUAUCUCAUUCGCACCAGGAUUUUACACAAUCAUAACGUCGUCUACCUCACUCGGGAUGUCCCUGCCAUCGCCGUCCAAUUGCUCUCCGCUGUUCAACUCUUCGAAGAAGUCUCUCUCGUCUGCGACCUAUUCUACUUCGUCCAGUAUGGAAGGGAACUCUGCAACUUUGCCAUGACUAAAACGAGUGUUCGCUCACUCUGUAUCAACUUCCAUCCCCAGGAAAAGUCUUUGCUUGGUGACAGAAGGACAUCAUCGUCCCUGGUGGCAUUCUUAACCAUUGUGAAUGAAUGCUGUCGCACCCUCACUUUUCAACGGCAACUUCGUGAUCCUUCUUAUCGAAAACUAACGAUUGCCCGCCCUACUCGACGGCUCUGCCCACUUCCAGCACACAUCACAUUGCCACGCUUAAGCGCGCUCACCAUCUCAGCUGUCAUUCUCGGAGUUCCCAGCCUUGCGACCACUUGUCACCGGCUUCUGCAAAGUCCUCAAGUUCAGACCUUCCAGCUCGACGAUUGCAAAACCCAGCAGGAGUGUAAUGGCGUCCUCGCCAUAUCAACAUUCCCUCUUUUGGAAUCAAUUAUUAUCAGGACGGUUGACAAUACCAUAUUGUGCAUAGAGCCUGCCUUCUUUCUCAGACACGCGAUGGUCAACACGUUAUCACUAUAUGCCUAUGCUAUCUACGACUCUGCGACUCAUCCGGCCGCUCCAAGAUCGCGAGUGCCUUUGCCAGGCCUCACCCACCUGAAUCUGACAACAAACCAUUACUUGUGGAUGCUGGAGGACCCAGAUCGGUUGCGCCGUUGUUAUCUCCAGACUCCCAAUUCCUUCGCUCAACCCCAAUCAGUCGAGUUUUGUUCUAACCUGAACUCGCUCUGCACUUUCGCAUCAAGUCUCACUCAAUAUCACUUCAAAGGGCUGGAGCUUUCUAUUCAGUUACCUAACUCCAUUCUGUGUCAUGUCGCCCACUUUCAACAUUCCAAAUAG